AUGUCUUCAUUCGUCAAAUUCGCCAAAUUUCUCACUUCGCGAAAUAUAGUCAGAAACAAACUUAAUUACACGAAUAUCAAUGUUCAAGCAUCUAAGUUUACGAAACAUGAUUUAAAAGAACUGAGUGUUAAUUUUCAGCCAGCAUCCAAUGAUCUCGUUAUCCCUAAUGAAAAAAUUGAAGAUUUUCCAGAAAAAUAUAUUUGCCCCAAAGUAAAUAGAGUCAUGCUCGAUCAAGCAGAAUUUAAU